AUGUUUCAAGCCCAUUAUCUGUUGUUGGUGGCGCCCCUUUUCGUCACCGUUGCCGGUGAAGACGAAUGUUUAUGCGCUGUUUCCGAUACCGAGAUUCGGAUCACUGCCAGCCUCAAAGCUCCAGUCAUCGAUGUACUCACAGCUGAAUCAUGUGUUAAACAGUCACAAUUAAGGAAGAUAUAUCAAUGGGCAUAUAUAUUCGAUACCGGGAUAAAGAAUGCCAGGACUGUGAAAGUGGAUGCUGCAGUAGGUCCAGAAGGUUUGACAACACAAUUGGGUGCAGUUUGGGGUGAUUGGAGUGACUGCAGCGCCACCUGUGGGAUUGGAAAACAGGUGCGACAUUGUCAUCACUGCAAUAACAUUCAUGGGCAUAUGGAGACUCGUUCAUGCAGCAUGCCUCAUUGUCCAGUGUGGAGUGAGUGGGGAAGGUGCAGUGUAAGCUGCGGUCAUGGUACACAGGGAAGGAAUUGUACACAGCACUGUGCAAGUCUACAACACGUGACGGAAAUCCGGAAAUGUCAUCACGGUUCGUGUCCACACUGGACAGAUUGGGGAGGUUGUAGCGUGACUUGUGGGAGUGGCACUCAAUCUCGUCACUGCCGACACAACUGUUUAGAUCACCACCAGGCGAUAGAAACCCGGCAUUGUAACCACGGAGAAUGCCCAGAGCUAUGGUCAGAGUGGAGCGAUUGCAGCGUAUCCUGUGGACCUGGUCAUAUGAGUCGCCAUUGUCAAAAUCACUGUAAUGGCAGUCACAGCCAUGCUGUUAGAACAUGCAAUUAUGGCCCAUGUCCAAGUUUGAUACAGGGAACAGCCCAUACGUGUGAUAAAAUGGCGGUGUUACACGCCCUGGCGGAGAUAAAUGCGACUUCAGCUGCACAUUGCCCAGAUAGGUGGACGUCAAAGACCGAGGAUUUUCUCAUGUCAAAUUGCCCAGGAAUACCUUCAAAUGCUGCCCUAUGGUUUAAGGGAUUAUCGGUAGCCGUUGAAUGUAACACAACCCGACAAUUACCGCCCUACACGCCGGUAGGGACAUUUUGGAACGACACCUACCAACAAGAUAGGCUACACGAGGGUUACAGCGGCAUUUUCGUCUCAUGUACUCGGGAUGGAUUUAAGAUGGUGACACAGGCUUGUUCUGGAGUGCCAACAGUAAUAGACAUUCCCUACAUUACUGGAACACACCUUGCUGACGACUCAAAACAUCCUAAUCUCCCAAGCCGCUAUUUCACUGUAAAUUGGUAA